UUGCUCCAUCUGCCUAGCUUGUUGUCAAGGAGCCCUCCUCCACACCCAGCAUGAGUCUCUCCUCUCUGGAGCCUGCGGUCAGUCACAGGAGGCUGGGCUGAGACCUGAGUGGGACACACUGGGCCUGCACCGAACUCAAAUAAACGUUACGGGACAUUUUUGGACACGACUCGUCCUUGUUUUCGGAGGUGUCAGGCAGGUCGCUAGCCAUGAAGUCGUCAAACAGUCGUCCCUCCAGAGUGGGUAGAAACCCCUUCGUCCACAAGCUGAAAUUCACUAUGAGUGAGAAAAUAAAGAUUGGACUGAUGUCUGUCACAGUGUUUCCUGUGCGGCUGCUGCUCGUGUCCUUCCUCAUGCUGCUGGCAUGGCCCUUUGCCUUUGCAGCCUCGCUGGGACGUUCCGAGUUUGUCAUGGAGCCACAGUCAUGGUGGAGGAGGUUUAUAGACGUGUGUCUGCGAGUGAUCAUGAGAGCCAUGUGGUUUUGCGGAGGUUUCCAUUGGAUCAAGGUGAAAGGAGAGCGGGCGGCUCCCUCUGAAGUUCCCAUCCUCACCGUGGCACCACACUCUUCCUACUUUGAUGCUAUCCCAGUCACCAUGACCAUGUGCUCCAUAGUCACCAAACUGGAAAGCAGGAGCAUUCCUGUCUGGGGCACUCUGAUCAGCUACAUCAGGCCAGUGUUUGUGUUUCGGUCGGAUCAGCACUCCAGAAGAAAAACAGUGGAGGAGAUCAAGCGGAGAGCCCGGUCUGAGGGGGAGUGGCCUCAGAUCAUGAUAUUCCCGGAGGGAACGUGCACCAACAGGUCGGGUCUCAUCUUAUUCAAGGCUGGUGCUUUCAUACCAGGACUCCCAGUGCAGCCUGUGGUGCUACGAUACCCAAAUGAACUGGAUACUGUUACAUGGACGUGGCAAGGGCCCGGAGCGUUCAAAAUCCUAUGGCUUACUCUAUGCCAACCUCAUAACCCCAUGGAGAUAGAGUAUUUGCCUAUUUACACUCCAUCGGACGAAGAGAAGCAAAACCCUGCCCUGUUUGCCAAUAACGUCAGAAAGCUCAUGGCCAAGGCGCUGGAGUUGCCACUAACGGACUUGUCGUUUGAUGACCGUGAGAUCAGCCUGUCAAAGGGCCCACUGGCCAUAUAUGACUCCAGCAGCCUGCUAGAGUUCAACCUGCUGGUGCGCCGCCUGGGGCUGAGAGCGGGCACUACAGAGGAGGUGCUGGAGGAGCAGGCCAGAAGAGCCAGAAAGCAGCAGGGAGAGCGGCUGAGUUUGGAGGACUUUGCCCAGUUUCUCAGCCUGCCAGUUACAGACACGCUGACACAAGUCCACAACCUCUUUGACAAGAAUGAAGACGAACAAAUAGACGUCAGACACUAUGUUAUUGCUCUGUCUACCGUCCAUCGACCAUCAGAGUCCAUGAAAACCCUCAAAUUGGCCUUCAAGAUGUAUGAGAACGAGGAUAAUGGGGAGGCCCGAGAGGAGGAUCUUGCCACCAUCUUGGAAAUAAUGUUGGGAGUGAAGGAGGUGGAACUAUCAGGCUUGUUUUUAUCGCUUGACAAUGAUGACCAAGAAACGAUGACAUACGACGAAUUUCAUCAUUUCUUAGAGCAUCAUCCAUACUUCAUCGAAAAAUACAUAGAUUUUAAAAACCACCCGCGCAAGUUCUGCUGCGGCCAAAAGAAGAGCUGCAACGGCCAGAACAACAAAGAUGACUGACGAAUGGACUUAUACCCAACAACUUUAUUAAGCUUCUCUAUCUGAUGUAAUAGCAUCUCCACAUGCUGCAACUUGCCCACCACCUCUGUGCCUUUAACAAAGAGGAGUAGAAGGAGUAGUUAGGAUCUGUAAGGAUGGAUCAGUGCAGCACAGCUGACAGAGUCAGAAUAUCUACUCCAUCACUUUUCUCAGCUCUCUUCUGAACUUUUUUUUUUGUUGCCUUCUCUUAUUUUUUUUUUCAUCCCCAUUGUGAUAUUAAGAAAAAUGUUUUUUUUUCUCCUCUGCACAUAUAUUAUUUAUUUUAAAUUUAUUUUCUUAUGUAUGAAGUACAGAUAUUUAAGAUAUUGGCUGAUAAGCGAUGGGGAGUUUUAAACCUUUUUUUGACUUUGUGUUGAAGGUUAGUGCUGAUGUUGGUCUCAGGCAUAUGAACACUAGCACACUGCCCUGACAUGCUGCUUCCCAUUUACGUAGUGUGCAUAGAAACUUAAAGGGGAACUCCACCAUUUUACACAUUAUAGUGUCUUGGGGGAAUACUACUACUACUACUGCUUUUAUGAAGAAAAAAAAAUUAUAAGCUUUUUGUGGCACAGGAUGAAGCUGUAUGUAAAUGUAUGUUUUUAAACUGUCUAAUAAGUCAAGCAGUGUUACAGGAGUGCAGUGCUAUACUGGUGGACUGUUUCUCAAAACCUUGUGCCUACAUUACCCACGAUGCAACGUAGCCACCGAAUGACAUCAUUGACAAUUUUUCAGAUGACAUGCAGCUCCCUGUGGAGCCACAAAAGGCUUUCUGCUUUUUUCACAGUCAUAAACACACUUUAAUGUGAAAAAUUGGUGGAACUGCCCUUCAGGUGAAAAGGAUCAAAUGUAAAUGCAUGUAAAUCAUGCUGGGAUGUUGUGGCACCAAACUGUGCAAUAAAAUCCAAAACUGGAUAAAUGCACAAAACAACAAAGAUCUGCCAGAGAAAUUAUUUGUGACUUGAAGCAGCUGUGUCACUGCCAUGAAUAUACAAACCAAAAAGAUUUUUAAUUCAUAUACAUGUUUUGGUUAUUUUUUGAAUACCAAUGAGUUAUGGGUUUAUUUAUAUAUUUAUUAAAGGUGCACUAUACAGUUUUGGGGAACAAGUUUUAAUCAGCAGAGAAACAUCUUCAUUGAUUUUUUAUUUAGGUCUGAACAACCUAAAUAAACAAACUAUCUUUGUUUUCAUGACUGAAUAAACAAACUGACCUUAAAGGACAACACUAUCUUACACUGUUUUACUUUGUUUAUAUGUGGCGGACCCUGCCACCUUUCUUGCCUCAGACAGUGUACUGGGAACUAAUUUUCCUCUGAGAACAGCUUGUUUAUUCAGACAUGGAAAAAAUUAAUUAUUCUAGAAAAUAAAAGUUUGUGUCAUUUUCCUCAUUGAUAUUGUAAAUGUUAAAGUUCUGAGUUUGAAUUGUAUUCUUCCAAACAACAUAGUGCCCCGUUAAGAAAUAUCAAGAGAAAUAAGAUGGUUUUUUUUGUUACUUUUUAAAGCCCCGACUUGGGAAAAAAAAAAGUUUUUCUGCAUAUUCAAGGAAAAUUUUUUUUUAAAACCAUUGGGUUUUUCAAUAAAAAAAAAACAUUUACAAGGGGGAUUGUUAAGCAUUUUUGUCACAGCAAAUCCAUCCUUUAAACCUGUGACAGAUAGUACACAUGCUGGAUCUUCAGUUUCCUAAGCCUGUUGCAUUUCUUCACUGGUUUAAAUGGACCUCCGAUGUUUUACGCUGGACUGACACAUUUUGUACCUUUUGACUGCAUGUUCCUGUCAUGUUCAAUUUCUUAAUAAAUGCAGAAACCUGCA